CACAAUUUCUGUAUUGCGACUCAUAUACUGAGCACUUUGGUUUGUUGUGUAUUUUAACUCGUAGAUAUCAAAGACAUUCAACAAUACUCUAAAACAAUGUAGCUGUAGUUUCGUCAUCUGAAGAGUUGAAGGGAAAAUGGGAAAGACAUAUUGAGCGGAAAGACUGUCGUUCAUCUCUGUUGAACAAUAAAUGGCGUCUUUUAUGGCGGCAUAUCAUGAAGCCCAACAGCAAUAUGGUUUUGAAGAGGAAAGAUUUGAACAAGCCGUCAGUCAGAACUUUCACUGCAUUAUCUGCACAAACGUUCUUCGAGACCCAGUGAUGUGCCGUGAAAAUCAACAUCUAUUCUGCCGUGCUUGUAUCACCAGACAUCUGACGAACUCUCAAACAUGCCCGACAUGUAUGCAAAAGCUCAGAAUCGAUACGUUGACGCAAGCCCCUCGAGCCGUAACGAAUUUUCUCUGUGAGUUGAAGAUUCGUUGCGACUUUUACGACCGAGGUUGCGUAAUCUUAUCGAGUCUGCUGUAUGCGAACAACGAAGGGUGAAGUGCCAUAAUUGCGCAGAGCUACGACAAGAGAUGGAUACAGUGAAGACUACGUUGGCAGAAAUGAACGAGAAACUUGACGACAACUUUAAAGCAAUUCAGGACAAAUUCGAGAGCAUGGAAAAGCAACAAGAAAAAUUAUCGAGGCAUAAAUUUGAAGACACGAAGUCCAGAGUGGUUGUUGUAGCUGGAGGUUGGAAUAAAGAUUCCCGUGAGUUAAAUUCCGUAGAACUGUUCGAUUCAUCAAAAGGAACAUGGAGUUAUCUACAACCGAUGAAAGAAUGUCGCGAAAAUGCAUCAGCGUUUGUUUACAACAAGCAGAUUAUCGUUUCUGGUGGCUGGACCAAAUCGAACGGUCGAUCACUUCAAACCAAUUUAAUGGAAGCACUGCAGAAUGCUAACCAAAUUUCUUCGUUGUCAACCUGGAACAAUUUCCCUGCCAAACUCUCUGGAAAAUUGUCAGGUUUCAGUACUGUUGUUUAUAAUGAUAGUCUGAUAGUCGUAGGAGGUUUUGAUGGAAGCUUUUACUCCGGGAAUAUCUCAGAAGUGUCUCUUGUUCACCCUUAUGCCAUUAAAAUGUUGACUAAAAUGCUUCAGGGCAUAUCCAUGCAUGCUGUUGAAUUAUUUGGUGAUAAGAUUGUAAUUAUAGGAGGACAUACGACCCAAAGCAUUAAUAAUGUCCUUAUGUAUGAUAUUAAGAAGAAUAAAUGUGAAGAGUUAGCACCCUUGCCCUAUCCAGUACAAAAUAUGGCCACAGUGAAAUGGGCUGAUAAUGUUAUUGUAAUUGGUGGGCAGGAAAACCUCUUCGUGCCAUUUAACACUGUCAUAAUUUACAAUGUCAAGACUCAGCAGAGCCACUGGCUACCUCCCAUGAUAUAUAAGAGAUCAGGAUGUACUGCAGCUGUUGUUGACAAUAGUCACAAUACCAUAAUUGUUAUGGGUGGACAAGAUGAGAAAAGAAACAUUCUAAAUUCUGUAGAAAGAUUUAGUUUUACUUAUUAUACUUGGGAAGAACUGCCGUCUAUGCAUGAGGCACGACGAUACGCUAUCUCUGUUGUAUGCUAAUUUGAUCUAAAAUAACUUUAUCCUAAAAUAUGUAGAGCGUUGUAAUAUAUUUGCUUAAAUAAAUUUCAUAUAUUUGUCCACUAAGUUCUGAAAAAAAUUGGUGAUGUGCAUAUAUUAUUGAUAUAAAA